GUGUCGCCAGUGAGCUGUCAGUGGUGGUGGUGAGGGGGGAGGGGGGAGGAGUUGGUCCUCCAGCAUCUCCCGAGCAUCGGAGCGCAGCGGAUGACGGAGACUCAUCGACACCGUCCUCAUCAUCGAAAAUGAUGUGGAAUUAGUUGACAAACAUUCGCUAUGCACGGACCGGAUGUUUAGGAGAAGCGAUCACAUAGCAGCGCGGAGAUCUGACUUCGUUACCAUCAAUGAGAUACACGGAGGAGCUGUGCCGCUUUCGGUGGUAACGCAGAAAAACACAAGAUGAAGAAGCAGUUUAAUCGAAUGAGACAGCUCGCCAACCAAACAGUUGGCAGGGCUGAAAAGACAGAAGUUUUAAGUGAGGACCUGUUACAGGUGGAGAAGCGUCUAGAGCUGGUCAAGCAGGUCUCACAUAGCACACACAAGAGGUUAACUGCUUGUCUGCAAGGCCAGCAAGGCGUGGAUGUGGACAAGAAGUCAGUCAGGUCCCCCUCGAAAAAGCUUCCUUUGACAACACUAGCACAAUGCAUGGUGGACGGGGCAGCAGUGCUAGGAGACGAGUCUUUACUAGGGAAAAUGCUAAAGCUCUGUGGAGAGACACAGGACAGACUCGCUCAGGAGCUCAUCGAGUUCGAGCUCACCAUAGAGAGAGACGUCAUCGAGCCGCUGUACGAUCUUGCAGAGGUGGAAGUCCCAAACAUCCAGAAACAAAGGAAACAUUUAGCAAAACUGGUCCUCGACAUGGAUUCUGCACGCACACGAUAUUAUCAGUCUACCAAGUCUUCUGGACUGUCCAGUAACCUGCAGUCGACGGGAGCCAAGGCCGACCACCUCAGGGAAGAAAUGGAGGAGGCAGCCAACCGCAUGGAGAUCUGUCGAGAUCAGUUAUCAGCAGACAUGUACAGUUUUGUGGCCAAAGAAAUUGACUAUGCAAGCUAUUUCCAGACAAUGAUAGAAGCCCAGGCGGAGUAUCACAGGAAGUCCUUAGAGCUGCUUCAGAAUAUUCUGCCCCAGAUCAAAGCUCAUCAGGAGACCUGGGUGGAGAAACCAUGCUAUGGGAAACCAUUAGAGGAGCACUUAGCACUCAGUGGGAGAGAUAUUGCCUUCCCUAUUGAAGCCUGUGUCACCAUGCUGUUGGAGUGUGGCAUGCAGGAGGAGGGUUUGUUUAGAAUUGCUCCGUCAGCCUCCAAAUUGAAGAAGCUGAAGGCGUCCUUAGACUGUGGUGUCUUAGAUGUUCAAGAAUAUUCUGCAGACCCUCACGCCAUCGCAGGGGCAUUGAAGUCCUACCUGCGUGAGCUGCCUGAGCCUUUAAUGACCUUUGAACUCUACAACGACUGGAUCCAAGCCUCCAACAUUCAAGAUCAAGACAAGAGACUCCAGGCUCUUCUUAACGCCUGUGAGAAACUGCCACCAGCCAACAACAACAACUUUAAGUAUCUGAUCAAGUUCCUCUCUAAACUGACUGAGCAUCAGGAUCUGAACAAAAUGACACCUGGAAAUAUUGCAAUAGUCCUUGGACCGAAUCUGCUGUGGACACACAAUGAGGGCAGCAACAUCACAGAAAUGAUGACGACUGUUUCCUUACAAAUCGUUGGCAUCAUUGAGCCCAUCAUCCAACACGCUGACUGGUUCUUCCCUGGAGAUAUUGAGUUCAACGUCACAGGGAAUUAUGGAAGCCCCGUCCACACCAACCACAAUGCCAACUACAGCUCCAUGCCGUCCCCUGACAUGGAACAGAUCGAUCGCAGACAGAACGACCAGAGUCGACGGCCACUCAGCGUUGCAACAGAUAACAUGAUGUUAGAGUUCUAUAAGAAAGAUGGCAUUAGGAAGAUACAAAGCAUGGGUGUGAGGGUGAUGGACACAUCUUGGGUGUCGCGCAGGUCUUCGUCGUCCUCCUCCUCCUCGCGUAAAACAUCUUCCAUGCCACCGAACAUGUAUCCCCCUGUCCCGCCCACAGAUGCUCCCACCCCUGAGCAGACUGGGGAUUCCUCCCCUUCCCCCACCCCACCUCCCACUAGCAGUGACCGAGCCAGCUCAGACGAUGCAUCUUCCAAUUGGUCGGACUCCUGUUAUGCCUACCCCUCCCCUGAGGAGGAGAGGGUGCCUCCCCCUUACCCAUGUUCUUCCUCUCCCUCCACUUUUAUUUCCUACUCGCUCCCUUAUCGUCAUUUCUACGCCCGUGCACCAUCGGGUAUGCGUCCCAUCGCUCCCAGCCCUGAAUCCGUACUUCCCAGCCCCUCCCCUCCACCCUAUUGCACUGGCUACAGCCCACCUCCGCUCCCUCACUCACUUUGCACCUCUCCACAGCCGCUUGAUGUCAACUCCAACCCUCAACCUCGAUCCCUGCAUAUUUCCAAACAGGCCUCGCUGUCUGAUGCUCCGCAUGCAUCCCUGUCCAAAACAAACGGCUCCAGCCUUUACAUUAAACCCCCGCUUGUUCUUACUCGGCACGAUUUGUUCCUAGUUUCCCCUAAACCUCCGAAAACCCCCCUGUCUGCUCCCCCUCCACGGGCAGCCUGUGCCUGUAGCCAAGAGAGAGGAGCCAAGCUGACUAGCACUCUGAAGAACAAGGAGCUGUCACCAAUAAUAGGACAGAAAGGAAUCCAGGGAACAUUGACCUCUAGUGGACAGUCUCUACACUCCGAGCACAGUCCACACUCCUUAAGGAGAGCAAAGAAGUUAGCUCCAAUCCCACCUAAAGGACCUUUUUGCCAGACAGGAGCCAUGUCUGACCAGUCAACUGGUCAGCCUUCUCCAGUCAGCUUGUCACCCACUCCUCCUAGCACCCCCUCCCCGUAUGGCUUUAGCUACCCACAAGGUUACGCCACAAUCGGCUCACCGGUUCAGGUACAGAUGGCCACCACACCAUCUCUCUCUUCUCCACCCUCACUAGCUGGGACUCUCACUAAAACAAGGCCAACUCCCAAACCACCACGACAGAGGCCCAACUUACCUCCCCCUCAACCCCCAUCCACCCCGGGCACGAGUCCACAGCCUCUGGAGAACUCUUCAGGUCUUCUAGAUGGUUUAUCUCCUGGUGAGAGUAUGUCAACAGAUUCUCUGUGCAACCUGGAAAUCCCCAUCAUUAACAUGGAACUGGACGGUAUUUUCGACCUGCCCCACAUCUCCUCCUUCAGACACUCGAGGCCGCUGCUUGAAUUCACCCCGAACAGAGCAGAGUCGGAGGAAGAGUCGGAGAGCACAGUGCUAUGAUGCCACUCACACCCUGGUCACCACUCCACCAUCUAAAAUGAUAGCUCACACUGAUGCUGGUGUUCGUGCGUUAAUCAAAGCCCCAUGUCUAGUGUCCACCGCCACCUCUUCAGCUGGACCUUACAUCAUGUUGUAGGAUAUCACUAACAUCACCUACACAGCAAUGAGGUCAACAGGUCAAAAUGGAAUAUACACAAUCACCCAGGGUGUUAGUGGCAAUUUAUUUGGGAAACUUUUUCAUAUUUUUUGUGGCUGGAAAUAUUUAAAUAGAAUGUUUUAAUUUUUUUUUUAUAUAUAUAUAUUUUUUGCCUUAUUUUAUUCUUUGCUUUUAAUGUCACAAAUCAGAAACAUAAAAAGAAAGAGACAGCAUAGAGUAAUAAAUCAUCUUUACUUCUGCUUUUCAAAGAAUCUUUCAGAGGGAGAUCCACAGGGUACUGGACAUGUCUCUGUCCUGCAAACAGCCGAGGUGUCUGCUUCAUCCUUCAGGCUACUUCAGUCCUCAGCAGUGGUUGGUUCAAAUGCUUCACUCUGACAUUCACUCACUCAUUACAGCCUGAAUUUUCUAUGCCAUUGCAAUUGUGCUUUGUGAGUGGGUCUUUGUGUCAAUCUGAGUGUGUGUGUCUCUGUGUUUGUGUUUUGUUAGUGUGUGAUGUGAUGUUGCACUAAUAAGGUUUUGUAGAAUGAGGUACUGUGUAAAUGGGAAGGAAAAAUAGAAUAGGGUUGCAGAGUGUUUUAACUUCCUCUCAUGCUUUUUUCCUCUUUGGACACCGAUCAGAGUUUAAAAAUAUUUAUUGUUUAUACUGUAUUUGAAGGGGUUAGCAUUGGAAACAGUCAGAAGAAAAGCCUUUUUAUACCUAAAAAUACAAGUUUCUGUAAGAUAGUAGCUAUUUGAUUUUUGAGAUACAGUUUAUCAAGGAAAACUGAAUCAAACUGAAGUAAAUCAGAUUUGUGACAUGAUAAUUAUAAUAGCUCAGUUUUCCUUGGAGAGAAAAACCUGAAUUUCAUACCCAAGACAUUAUAUGUUACAUUUAUUCCCAUGGAUAUUUAACAUUCAUUGCCUAAGAUUGGCUCAUACAAGUCUAUAGGAGUGGUCCACUCCUGUUGACUACAUUUGAGACAAUAGUUGUCAAUAAUUGUUUUUAAGUUGUAUUGGUAAGUCUGAGUACAGGAUAUUGUUCAUGAAAUGUUUGAGGAUGGAAAGGUUUUCCCCUGACAUGAAAAAAAGCCCAGAAAAAAACAUACAACAAAAACAAACAAAUUCCAACAUUCCCCAUGUAUACAUCAAUCAGCUAUUUUUGGUCAUGUCAUGAGUCAUAGGUAAAAGAAGAAAUACAGUAUGUGAUGAUGUGCAUUUAUUUUUUUGAGAGUAUUUAUGGAGAAAUAUUUCUGAAACCUUUUCACUGGCUCUAAGGAGCCACCAUCAUCUCCACUACACUGAAUCUCACCUAAAGUAGAGUGUUGGAGCAUGGGACCAGAAAUUCUCUGUUGUCGCAUACACAAAAACAUUUUGUGAUGUCACACGACAAGUAACAAUUGUAUGGAGUACGACAGCAAUAGAUUGUUAAAAGCCUUGCAGCAGCUCUUUGUUGCCUCUGAUACAGAACAUUCACUUCAUAUGGCCUCAAACUGUGCUGCGUCACCGUCCAUUUUCUUUAGUGUGAAGUUUUUGCUGGACUGUUGUAAAUAUGAAAACCUCUGUACAUACGUGUUCUGUAUAUACUGAAAAAGGACCAUUUUAAAUAUAAAUAUAUAUAUAUAUAAACAGAAAAGGGAUUAGAGCUAUACAUAUAUAAAUAAAUGCUCUAUUAAAAGAGUGGUAUAACAUACUGUAAAUAUAAUAAUAUACUGUUGCUGGUUCAGCCCCACAUUAAUACAAAUAACAGUAGAAUUCACUGAGAUUCAAUUUUAUUUUAUUUGAAAAGUAAAAUAUAUUUCAGGUUCAGGAUUAAAUUUUAAAUAUCAAUUUUGUUUCAAAAUAAAAGCCGUUAGUGGUGGUUUACUAAUCAGAUUAUUGACUGGAGAAGGAAGAUCCUUUUUCCUGUGUGUAAGAAAGAGUGACAGAGCUUGUUCCUUCAUGUUACAUAAUUUAUAAUCUGUUUUGAAGCUUUUGACACAGUUCACUAACAGUUUAAUUUGAAAACACUGAUUCCUGAAAUAAUUACAGGUCAGUGCAAUUCUGGCAAACAAAGCAAAUUUGUGUCAAUUAAAAUGAUUUAGACCUGCUGCGAUUAGUCCCCAUCCACCGCCCCCAAUUUUGGAAACCAGUGGCUUGAAGUCUGUAGUUUUUGACGAAAUAAAUUAUAUCUAACUCGACUAAAACUAAAUCUUUGUCAAUUCAAAAUGAUUAACAUGAUUAACUUUUAAAAUGUUAUAGAUCAUUACAUAUCAUCUUUAUUUUCAUCAAUUACGACAAAGCAUAAUGUAGGUGUUAAAAUUUCAAAGUAGAGCAUUUACAGUUAGUGUUAAAAAACUGUAGCUUGAUGGCUUCCCUCCCUAUCUUGCAGGGGUUGCUAUGAAGCCAUUUGAAACACACUUUUACCUUAUUUUCAGUAAGAAAAACGUGAAGCCUUUAGAUAUGGAAAUUAUAUAAGGACCCUCAUGAUUUUGACUAAGCCAACAGUUGACCUGACCCGAGGACUCUGUCUGUAUUUCAAUUUUAAAAAUACCUCUUUAAAAGCUUUAUAAAAUACUUUUGCCUCAAUAUUCUAGCUCUGUUAGCUCCACACCCAGCUCCUGACUUCUCUCUUAUCAGAAAUGUUUCUGUCCAUUUAUAAGAGACAGAGAAGAAACAAAAGUUCAAGGCAGAGUUUGUCCUGUUUUUGCCCAAAUAUUUUCCUUUUGCCUAUCUCUUUUGUUUUUAAAGUGUCAGAUCAAAUGUGUACAUAUAGGAAUCGUAAAAAACAACUUUAUUACAAUAACACUGUCAUGCAGAGACAGUUAAAAAAAGACAUUGUCCCUCGUCAUGCAUCUUUUGACCAGCAUGUCCUCUGAGCACUAAACUCUGAAGGUGCCUGUUUUUGGUGAAAGAAAUAUUAGAAAGUCCUAAGGAUAAAGUGUGUGUUCACAGGCAGAAAUGUGUGUGUUGUGGGCGUAUUUUGGAAUAUCAAAGUGUGUAAUGUUAAGGGACAAAAGUAAAUUAUAUGGCAUUGUCUUGUGUAAAAUUCAGCAGCAUGCUUUUUGGCCAAGCGUCUCCUCCUUGGUUCUGUCCUAAUGUGCUGUGUAUUUAUUUAUUUUUGUAAGUAAAAUGGUGUACAUUCCUGAAGAAGAAAUAAUCCAGUGCUCCCUUUGACAUUUGCUCACAAAAUCUAUCUACCUGCCUUUGUUCCACACCUUUAUAACAUCAGACGUCAUGAUGGAACAGAAAAUAAUAUUUUACCCAGACUGCUUUUAAGUGUCAAUGUACUGUAGUCCACGCAGCCAUCACAGUUUAACCUUAAACCGUCUUUUUUAUUAUUAUUAUUGUUAACCAUUGUUAUUGAACCUAAAGAGACAAUUCACCACAAAAAAACGCUUUUUUGUGAUCACUGAACAUAUAUGUAUGGCUGCUGGUUUGGACACUAGUGAUUGGGUUCAAGUCCACGGACUACUGUGUCUACAUAUGAUUAAUGAAAAGUGUAUUAUUAAAAUCUCAUAGAACCAGAGAGUGAAGUGGUUGGACUCCUGAAGGUUCCAAAAAAUUUCAACUCCCCCUAGUCUUACUCCAGUUUGGGUUGCAUUUUGAGUGAAAACACUGGUGAAACAGGAGAAAGUUAUUGUUUUGUACCUUCUUUUCCCCUUGGCAUCAAAGCCCAUAGAAAAAAAAAUCAAAUUUUUUUGUCACACGCAGACCGCAGACUCCGCAGAGAGGAGGUCCAUGGCUUCCUAUUGCAUCAUUUAGUAAGUUGUGGCAAUACAGUUAAAGCAAAAUAAGAGAAUUCAAAACAAA